CAGACCGAGGCGUGGUCAGUCAGGGCGAACAGGUGGGACAGUCGGUACAGCUGCAGUCACACUCCAUCCACGGGAUAAACACCGUGUUUUCUGUCCGGUAAACUAACACAUACAGCUGCGACAAGAUGCCAAAGUGUCCCAAGUGCAACAAGGAAGUUUACUUCGCCGAGAAGGUGACGUCACUGGGCAAGGACUGGCACAGGCCCUGUCUGAAGUGUGAGAAGUGCAACAAGACGCUGUCAUCAGGCUCACAUGCAGAGCAUGGCGGCAAGCCAUACUGUCACAACCCCUGCUACAGUGCAAUGUUUGGACCUGGAGGUUUUGGACGUGGUGGAGCCGAGAGCCAUAAAUAUUAAACAGACAAGUAGUGUGCACGUUCUUCAUUUGAUCACCAAACCAUUUGCUUACAUUUGUUUAUGUCAUUAAUUUUCAUGCUGUUUGUUAAAACAAGCAGACUUUGACUCUAAGCAAAUCCAUGCUUGUACUUUGCACUGCCUAAUGUGUUUUCUCUGCUUCAUCACCAUGUUGGUCGCCUGGAAACUAGAUUGAGGAGGCCAUCAUUGCUCACGAGUCCCCAUAAAAGCCAGGAGACAAACUGCGUUUUUGUUCAGAAGAAAAUUUAGUGUCCAUGAAUUUUUAUUGUCUUUUUUGUCUCUGAAGGUGAUUGUUUCUCAUGAUGCAGCAAUGAACUGAUUGUCGUCUAAUUCCUUCUUGUUCUCACAUUGAACAUCCUGAUUAAACACUUUUUGAAUUUGU